AUGGCAGAUAGCAAAUUAAAUUCAAUUAAUCAAAUAAUGGAUAUUGAUGGUUCGAUCUCUGUGAAUACAUUUUCGCAUCAUGUUCUAACUACUUAUCCAGAUGUUUUUCCAUGUAAAACUUUAAUUGAUGCAAUCAGAUAUAUUCUUUGUAAUAAUUCAUUCCAAGGAAGUAAUGCAACAUUAACUGAGGUUCAAGAGCAAAUCUUCGAAAUUAUUGAAAAGUUAAAUACACUUCCACAAAUAAUGUUCGAAUAUUUACGCAAACAUUUCGCAAAACAUUUUGAUAUUGAUCUAUACAUUAUUGCUUUUAUAAAUGAAAAAUUUUCUAUAAUCCAUGAUGAUAAUUAUGAUAAAGCAAAUAUAGCUUAUUUACAACUCAAUAAAGAUAAUACAGUUCAGGGACCUUUAUACAUCAAAAAAGUUAAUGAACCGUCAAAUGAUAUCCCUCAAAUACAAGAACAACAAGCUGUCCAUUGUAUGCAGGAACUUAUUGAAAAUUCAUCAAUGGAUGAUACAUCAAAUUUGACAAAUCAAAUAGAUCUCUUAGAUGCUAAGAGUCAAUCUCGUAUUUUACUUGAUCAAAUGUUACAUCAAAUUUUUCAAUUAACUGAUGCACUUCCAAUAGAGGCUCAUAUAAUGAAUGAAACUUGUCAACAAUUCGAAAAUAUUCAAUUUAAUAUUCGUCAAUCUACAGUUCCAAGUCCUAUAAGAAGUCCAACGACCGAAAUUAAUAAUAUUCAUUUCAUCGAUAUUCAAACUGACUUACAAUAUCAAAUGAAUCAAAAGCGAUUGGAUGUUGAAAUUGUGUUAAAUCCUUUUGCACCAAAGAUGUACCAUUCACCAACAUUGUCUAAGCCAUUAAAAAAUACAUUUCAUCCUCGAAACUUGAAAGAAUUUGUUCCUCCUGAUGAUGGUAAUUUACUAUAUCUCGCUACUGAACUACAUACUAUUUAUGGACAAACUCAUCGUGCGAAAAUUAUUGUUCCAGAUCAUACAAAGGCAGAAGAUGAAUCGUUAAUAAAUAAUAAUGAUCUGAGAUGUCUGAAGUUUGAUGAUUGCCAUACAGAUGAUAAAGUCGAUCUUGAUAACAACCGAAUCUAUUCAAAAAUCACUGCGGAAGAACGUCAAAAUUUAAUGAAAAAGUAA